AUGCUGAAGAAGAGAUCAAGAAGCAAGCAAGCUCUAAUGGCGGAUACGAACCAGAAACAGAGCAAACCGACGCCGUUUCCACGGCUCUUCACUGCUUUCAGCAGCUUCAAAAGCUUCACUGAAAACGACGCCGUCGCGAGCCCAACCUCAAUUCUCGACACCAAACCUUUCUCCGUUUUGAAAAACCCAUUCGGAUCCGAAUCCCCGAAAACCCACGAACCCGAGAUGACCCGGCUCAAGCUCGAACCCAAAAGAAUCGGACUCGCAAUUGUCGAUUCUCUCAUCCAAGAAGAACCCGUUUUCUCACCUCUUAGAAAGAAAAGAACUUAA